GGAACCUUCUGCUGAGCAACCACUCAUGUCUCUAUAAAAGCAGCAGCUCCAGAAUCUUCUCUGAACUGUUAGGCAUCCAGCACAGAUUCCCGCCCAGAUUCUACUCUUCUGUGUUGUCGUCCAAGGAGUAAACCGCCAUCAUGGGUGAUGGGGAAAUGGAGUGUUUUGGCCCGGCGUCCAUUUACCUCCGGAAGCCAGAGAAAGAGAGGAUUGAAGCCCAGAACAAACCCUUUGAUGCCAAAACGGCCUAUUUUGUGGCUGAACCAAAGGAGAUGUACCUCAAAGGGGUUCUUCAAAGUAGAGAGGGGGGCAAAGCCACUGUGAAGACUUUGUGUAACCAAACCAUUACAGUUAAGGAGGAGGACAUUCACCCCAUGAACCCUCCAAAGUACGAUAAAAUGGAGGACAUGGCCAUGAUGACCCACCUCAAUGAGCCCGCUGUGCUGUUCAACCUCAAAGAGCGUUACGCAGCCUGGAUGAUCUACACAUACUCCGGGCUGUUCUGUGUCACUGUGAACCCCUACAAGUGGCUCCCAGUGUACGAUGCUGUUGUUGUGGCCGGCUACAGGGGCAAGAAGAGAAUUGAAGCUCCUCCCCACAUCUUCUCCAUCUCUGACAAUGCCUUUCAGUUCAUGCACACAGAUCGUGAGAACCAGUCAGUCUUGAUUACUGGAGAAUCCGGUGCAGGAAAGACUGUGAACACCAAACGUGUCAUCCAGUACUUUGCCACAGUCGGCUCUUCAGACAAGAAAAAAGCUGAGCCUGUUCCUGGAAAAAUGCAGGGUUCCCUGGAAGAUCAAAUCGUUGCAGCGAACCCUCUGCUGGAGGCUUAUGGUAAUGCCAAGACUGUGAGGAAUGACAACUCCUCUCGUUUUGGUAAAUUCAUCAGAAUCCAUUUUGGCCAAACAGGGAAACUGGCUUCUGCUGAUAUUGAAACUUAUUUGCUGGAAAAGUCAAGAGUCACUUUCCAGCUGUCAGCUGAGAGAAGCUACCACAUCUUCUAUCAACUUAUGACAGGCCACAAACCAGAGCUGCUUGAGGCACUUCUGAUCACUACCAAUCCAUACGACUACCCCAUGAUCAGUCAAGGGGAGAUUACUGUUAAAAGUAUCAAUGAUAUUGAAGAAUUUAUAGCCACAGAUACUGCCAUUGACAUCUUGGGCUUUAAUGCUGAGGAGAAACUGGGCAUCUACAAACUGACUGGAGCAGUGAUGCAUCAUGGGAACAUGAAGUUCAAGCAGAAGCAGAGAGAGGAGCAGGCAGAACCUGAUGGCACUGAGGUGGCCGAUAAAAUCGCCUACCUCAUGGGCCUGAACUCAGCUGACAUGCUGAAGGCUCUGUGCUACCCCAGAGUGAAGGUUGGGAAUGAGUUUGUGACCAAGGGGCAGACUGUACCUCAGGUGAACAAUUCCGUUAGCGCCCUCUGCAAAUCAGUCUACGAGAAAAUGUUCUUGUGGAUGGUGAUUCGCAUCAAUGAGAUGUUGGACACCAAGCAGCAGAGACAGUUCUUCAUUGGUGUGCUGGACAUCGCCGGCUUUGAAAUCUUUGAUUUCAACACAUUGGAGCAGCUGUGCAUCAACUUCACUAAUGAGAAACUGCAACAGUUCUUCAACCAUCACAUGUUUGUGCUGGAACAAGAGGAGUACAAGAAAGAGGGUAUUGAUUGGGAGUUCAUUGACUUUGGUAUGGACUUGGCUGCCUGCAUUGAACUUAUUGAGAAGCCAAUGGGCAUCUUCUCCAUCCUUGAAGAGGAGUGCAUGUUCCCCAAGGCUACAGAUACAAGCUUCAAAAACAAGCUGUAUGACCAACAUAUGGGCAAAUGUAACGCAUUCCAGAAGCCCAAGCCUGCCAAAGGCAAGGCUGAGGCCCACUUCUCCCUGGUGCACUAUGCUGGCACUGUGGAUUACAACAUCGCCGGCUGGCUGGACAAGAACAAGGAUCCUCUGAAUGAAUCUGUUGUGCAACUCUACCAGAAGUCUGCGCUGAAAUUACUGGCCUUUUUGUAUGCAGCUCAUGGUGCAGGAGACGAGGGUGGUGGUGGCAAGAAGGCAGGCAAGAAGAAGGGUGGCUCCUUCCAGACUGUGUCUGCUCUGUUCAGGGAGAACCUGGGCAAGCUGAUGACCAACCUGAGAAGCACUCACCCUCACUUUGUGCGCUGCCUGAUUCCAAACGAAUCAAAGACACCAGGUCUGAUGGAGAACUUCCUGGUUAUCCAUCAGCUGAGGUGUAACGGUGUGCUGGAAGGUAUCAGGAUCUGCAGAAAGGGUUUCCCCAGCAGAAUCAUCUAUGGUGACUUCAAGCAGAGAUACAAAGUCCUGAAUGCCAGUGUGAUUCCGGAAGGACAGUUCAUUGAUAACAAGAAGGCUUCAGAGAAGCUCUUGGGUUCAAUUGAUGUCGACCACACUCAGUACAAGUUUGGCCACACCAAGGUGUUCUUUAAAGCCGGUCUGUUGGGUCAACUGGAGGAGAUGCGAGAUGAGAAACUGGCCUCUUUGGUCACCAUGACUCAGGCCCUGUGCCGUGGGUACCUCAUGAGACGGGAGUUCGUAAAGAUGAUGGAGAGGAGAGAGUCCAUUUACAGCAUCCAGUACAACAUCCGCUCAUUCAUGAAUGUGAAACACUGGCCAUGGAUGAAAGUGUACUUCAAGAUCAAGCCACUCCUGAAGAGCGCAGAAGCUGAGAAGGAAAUGGCCAACAUGAAGGAAGAAUUUGGGAAAACCAAAGAAGACCUGGCAAAAGCACUGGCCAAGAAGAAGGAGCUGGAGGAGAAAAUGGUUUCUCUUCUGCAGGAGAAGAAUGACCUGCAGUUACAAGUGCAGUCAGAAACUGAAAAUCUCUCAGAUGCAGAGGAGAGGUGUGAGGGUCUCAUCAAAAGUAAAAUCCAGCUUGAAGCAAAACUCAAAGAGACAAAUGAGAGGCUGGAGGAUGAGGAGGAAAUCAAUGCUGAGUUGACUGCCAAGAAGAGGAAACUGGAGGAUGAGUGCUCUGAGCUGAAGAAGGACAUUGAUGACUUGGAGCUGACCUUGGCUAAAGUGGAGAAGGAGAAACAUGCCACAGAAAACAAGGUUAAAAACCUGACUGAGGAGAUGGCCACUCAGGAUGAGAGCCUUGCCAAGUUGACCAAGGAGAAGAAAGCCCUCCAAGAAUCACACCAGCAGACCCUGGAUGAUCUCCAAGCAGAAGAAGACAAAGUCAACACUCUGACCAAAGCCAAGACCAAGCUUGAACAGCAAGUGGAUGAUCUUGAAGGCUCUCUGGAACAAGAGAAAAAGCUACGCAUGGACCUUGAGAGAGCCAAGAGAAAGCUUGAGGGAGACCUGAAACUUGCCCAGGAAUCUAUAAUGGACCUGGAGAAUGACAAGCAGCAGUCAGAGGAGAAGAUAAAGAAGAAGGACUUUGAGACUAGUCAACUUCUGAGCAAAAUUGAGGAUGAACAGUCACUGGGUGCUCAGCUUCAGAAAAAGAUUAAAGAGCUCCAGGCUCGUAUUGAGGAGCUCGAGGAAGAAAUUGAGGCUGAACGUGCUGCCAGGGCCAAGGUUGAGAAACAGAGGGCUGAUCUGUCCAGGGAACUUGAGGAGAUCAGUGAGAGGCUUGAGGAAGCUGGUGGUGCAACCGCUGCUCAGAUCGAGAUGAACAAGAAACGUGAGGCUGAGUUCCAGAAGCUGCGCCGUGAUCUUGAAGAGUCCACCCUGCAGCAUGAGGCUACAGCUGCUGCCCUCCGUAAGAAGCAGGCUGACAGUGUAGCAGAGCUGGGGGAACAAAUCGACAACCUUCAACGUGUCAAGCAGAAGCUGGAGAAGGAGAAGAGUGAAUACAAAAUGGAAAUCGAUGACCUGAGCAGCAACAUGGAGGCUGUUGCAAAAUCAAAGGCCAACUUGGAGAAAAUGUGCCGCACCCUUGAAGAUCAACUAAGUGAACUCAAGUCAAAGAAUGAUGAAAAUGUUCGCCAGCUAAAUGACAUGAGUGCACAGAGAGCAAGACUCCAGACUGAGAAUGGUGAAUUUGGUCGGCAGCUUGAAGAGAAAGAAGCUCUUGUUUCACAGCUGACUAGAGGUAAACAGGCCUACACACAGCAGAUUGAGGAGCUCAAGAGGCAUAUUGAAGAGGAAGUCAAGGCCAAGAAUGCCCUGGCCCAUGCUGUGCAAUCAGCCCGCCAUGACUGUGACCUCCUCAGAGAGCAAUAUGAGGAGGAGCAGGAGGCCAAGGCUGAACUGCAGCGUGGAAUGUCCAAGGCCAACAGUGAGGUGGCUCAGUGGAGGAGCAAAUAUGAGACUGAUGCCAUCCAGCGUACUGAGGAACUCGAGGAGGCCAAGAAAAAGCUUGCUCAGCGUCUACAGGAUGCAGAGGAAUCUAUUGAGGCCGUCAAUGCCAAAUGUGCUUCUCUGGAGAAGACCAAACAGAGACUGCAGGGUGAGGUGGAGGACCUCAUGAUCGAUGUAGAGAGGGCAAACUCUUUGGCUGCUAAUCUGGAUAAGAAGCAGAGAAACUUUGACAAGGUCCUGGCAGAAUGGAAACAGAAGUAUGAGGAAAGUCAGGCAGAGCUGGAAGGGGCUCAGAAAGAGGCUCGUUCUCUCAGCACUGAACUGUUCAAGAUGAAGAACUCCUAUGAGGAAACUCUGGACCACCUGGAGACCAUGAAGAGGGAGAACAAGAACCUGCAGCAGGAGAUCUCAGACCUGACUGAACAAAUCGGUGAGACUGGAAAGACCAUCCAUGAGCUUGAGAAGGCCAAGAAGACAGUAGAGACAGAAAAGACAGAAAUCCAGACUGCUCUAGAGGAAGCCGAGGGCACACUGGAGCAUGAGGAGUCCAAGAUCCUACGUGUCCAGCUGGAGCUCAACCAGGUCAAGGGUGAAAUUGACAGGAAGCUGGCUGAGAAAGAUGAGGAGAUGGAGCAGAUCAAGAGGAACAGCCAGAGGGUCAUUGAUUCCAUGCAGAGCACUUUGGAUGCAGAAGUCAGGAGCAGAAAUGAUGCUCUGAGGGUCAAGAAGAAGAUGGAGGGAGACCUCAAUGAAAUGGAGAUUCAGCUCAGCCAUGCCAACCGUCAGGCUGCUGAGGCCCAGAAACAACUGAGAAAUGUCCAGGGACAGCUCAAGGAUGCCCAACUGCACCUUGAUGAAGCAGUCAGGGGACAGGAGGACAUGAAGGAGCAGGUUGCCAUGGUGGAGCGCAGGAACACUCUGAUGCUGGCUGAGACUGAGGAGCUGAGGGCUGCUCUGGAGCAGACAGAGAGAGGCCGCAAAGUGGCUGAGCAGGAGCUGGUCGAUGCCAGUGAGCGUGUUGGACUGCUGCACUCCCAGAACACCAGCCUGAUUAAUACCAAGAAGAAGCUUGAAGGUGACCUUGUUCAGGUCCAGGGUGAGGUGGACGAUGUCAUUCAGGAAGCCAGAAAUGCAGAGGAGAAGGCCAAGAAGGCCAUUACUGAUGCUGCCAUGAUGGCAGAGGAGCUGAAGAAGGAGCAGGACACCAGCGCCCACCUGGAGAGGAUGAAGAAGAACCUCGAGGUUACAGUGAAGGACCUGCAGCACCGUCUGGAUGAGGCUGAGAGCCUGGCCAUGAAGGGUGGAAAGAAACAGCUCCAGAAACUGGAAGCCAGGGUACGUGAGCUGGAAUCUGAGAUUGAAGCUGAACAGAGACGUGGAGCCGAUGCUGUUAAAGGUGUCCGGAAAUACGAGAGGAGGGUCAAGGAGCUUACCUACCAGACUGAGGAGGACAAGAAGAAUGUGAACAGACUGCAGGAUCUGGUGGACAAGCUGCAGCUGAAAGUGAAGUCCUACAAGAGACAGGCUGAGGAAGCUGAGGAGCAGGCCAACACUCACCUGUCCAGGUUCAGGAAGGUGCAGCAUGAGAUGGAGGAAGCCCAGGAGCGUGCCGACAUCGCUGAGUCUCAGGUCAACAAGCUGAGAGCCAAGAGCCGUGAAGCUGGAAAGGGCAAGGAGGCCGAAUGAGGGAUGAAAACAGCCUGAGACAAAGUUACAAGAAACCAUAUAAUAUGACUUUCUUAUAAAUUGUCUUUCUGCAAAAAUUGUCAAUAAAGUUACUUAUUCAUGUCUGCAAAAAA